AUGGGAAAACCUAGACCACAAAAGAAAAAGUCCUCCAAACCCCGUUCAAAGUCAGUCCUCGGCCCUGGUGGCUUAGUCUCGAAACACAAAAUGGCCCAAACUCCUACCGAAAUACUCGAUCAAGCCACGAUCCUCCUACAGACCGGCCGCGUGGACGAAGCGUUGGAAAGUGCACAGCAAGCGCUAGACCUUACAGAUGGCAACGGCAAAGCGCAGCUGCCCGCAUUAAACCUGCUGGGAGAGAUCAACGUUGAAUUGGGCGAGAUCGAUACCGCUAGACAAUGUUUCCUGCACUCAGUUGAGCUGGAUCCUACUGGUUCGAUACCAGAGUCCGAGGGUGGUGGUGCAGAGAAGUUCCUGUGGCUUGCUCAAUUGAGUGAGCAAGGCGGAGUGGACAGCGUCCAGUGGUUCGAAAUGGGAGUUUCUUCCCUGCGCCAAACUCUGCAGUCGCUGGAAGGCAAGACUGGUGCGGAGGAUAUUGCACUGGUUGAGGAGAAGAAGAUUAAGCUGGCAAAUGCACUCUGUGCUGUUGCUGAGAUUUACAUGACUGAUCUUUCUUGGGAGGAGGAUGCCGAAGCCAGAUGUGAAUCUCUUAUUACAGAGGCUCUUGCUGCUACACCAGAUGCCCCAGAGAUUCUCCAGACUCUUGCCUCUAUCCGGAUUUCACAGCUGCGAACUGAAGAUGCCCAAGCUGCACUGAAGAAAAGUGUUGGCUUGUGGAAGGAUCUCGCUCCCGAGGAUCCCAAGGUGCCCGAUUUCCCGGUGCGCAUCAGUCUUGCACGACUUCUCAUGGAGGUGACGCUGGAGUUUGAGGCUCUAGAGGUCCUUGAGCGACUCAUCCUAGAGGAUGACCAGAGUGUGGAGGCUUGGUAUCUUGGCGGCUGGUGUCUUCAUCUGCUGGCAGAAAAGCAAGAGGCGCCGCAGGAUAUCAAAGAAGAUGAAUCCGAAUCACCACGACAUGCUUCGUUGGUCGCCAGCCGGGAGUGGCUUAAACAGAGUCUGAAACUUUACGAGAAACUAGAGUAUGAGGAUGAUCGUCUUCGGGAUCACGCCUUGGAACUUGUCCAGGGCAUUGACCAGGAAAUUGGAGAGGAUAUGGAGGACAGUGAAGCGGAGGGUGAGGGAGAAGACUGGGAUGGAGAGAUUGACAUUGAGUCUGACGAUGAGGAUCACGAGAUGGCGGAUUCAUGA